AUGAGAGAUUUAAAGGAUUUAGAGAACCCUCAAACGGAAUCUCCACAAAAUAACACUGAUAGCCUUAACUAUCAUCUAAUACAGGAAGAGUUUAAACAAUGCAGUAAUCUGAGGGAAGUUUUCUCACUGAUAACAAAAUGUAUAAAAAUAACUCCAAACAUCGCAUUAGGAGCUAUAGAACGUAUAAAUGACAUAGAAAAUGAUAUAAGUCACAAUAUUUUUAACAGUCACGGUAGUCACUUAAACUUUGCAAAAGGUGCUAUUCUGGAGAAACUUCUAAAAGUUGUAAUGAAAACUGAAGACACUCAGACAAUAUUAAACAUCCUUAAGACUUCAUCUACCUUAAUGGAACCAUACAAACCAAGAUUCUGUGAUGAAUUACUUCUACGAGUUAUAGAUAAUAAGCUAACCAUUGAUCAGAUAUGUGAAUUUUAUAAUUUUCUCAUAAGUAAUAACUGCAAACAGAAAUAUUCUGAAACUAUUGAUAAAUUAUGGGUGGGUUUGAUUGAAAAUGAAAAGGAUAUAAAUGAGGAAAACAUUGUACAAAUAUUUUCUAUUUUAUAUGGUUUAAAAGUAAGCAAGAAAACUAUUGUUAAUUUGCUGGAACAAAAAUUAUCAGAACUAUGGAGUAAGAUAAAAAUACCAGCAAUGCUUGAGAUUCUUGAUGUUUUUAUAGUUGAAAAAUACUUUUCGAUGCAGUCCUAUCAUGUUCUGGGAUAUUGGUUAUAUGCUAAUAUUCAUGCAUUAGAUGACGAUGUAUUGUUAGAUAUAAUAACGAAAUUCACACGCCUCAGAUACAACGACAAUCAAAUAGAGGCAGCCGUCGAAAAGUUUCUUAAACUCAAAUCAUCAAAAAUUAAAUCAGAAGUUCUGAUAAUUGGUAUACUAAAUUAUUGUAUGCAAUUUAAGCUUCGCAAUAAUUUAAUAUUAGAAAUAAGCAGUCAGUACUUUUUGGAUAAUUUAGAGACGAUACCAGCAAGUUUUUUGAAGUCUUUUAUUUAUACAUAUGGAUUUUUAUCAUACCAACCAAAAAAUUCUGAUUUUUGGACAAUAACAGAGAAGGUUUUAUUGGAAAGAUACAAUAAAAUGAAAAUUGAAGAUCUUACCGAUAUCAUUUUAUCGUUCAUGUAUUGUGGCCAGUACCCAUUGAAAUUAGUACAGAAUGUAUUUAAAAUUGAGAAUACAUCAAAGAUAGAUAAAACAGAUGUUUUGAAGAGGUUACAUUUAAUUGAUACUUCGUUGACAUUAGCAUGUAAUGAAUAUUCUGGUCCGAUGUUACCGAAAGAUCAGUGUCCCAAACCUGUGCUGCAAGAUAGCCGAAUAAAAAAUAUUAUAGAAAAAAUUCAGCAUCACAUCGACAGUUUAUACGGAGACAAUAUGACAAUAACAACAUCAUACUUAUUACCCAAUUUUUGUUCCGAUAAAACAUAUCUAAUUGAUAUUUUGCUGCAGCCUAAAAGUAACAGUGGAAAUACAUUUAACUGGAAAUCAAAUAUGGACAGAAGUGACAAUAUAGGUAUAUUAAUUCAUCUGCCGGAUCACUAUUGUUCUGAUGAUAAGCUCAUCGGACCACAAGUUAUGAAAAUACACCAAUUAAAUAUAAUUGGUAUGAAAGUAAUAAGUCUCAAGUAUUCUAUUCUUAGUAAGUUGUAUACAUCCCAUAAUGUUACUGGCCUAAAGGAUUAUAUAAGAGAAAGUAUAAAAUAA